AUGUCGGAACCGAUGGCAGAAGAGCCUCCCAACAAUCCUGAAAUCAACACACCUGUCGUGCAUCCACCUCACGAGGCCCUUGACGAUCUUCCUGACGAGCUUCAGGGCAAGGAGGCAGCCAACGAUGGCCCGCUUGGAGAUGACUUGAAGGACGUACCUCUGGAUAAGCUGUUCGAUGAUGAGAUGGACGUGGAUGAUGCGGGCCCUUUGGGUACGGAGGAAUAUCGACAUCUGGCCCAAUACGAUGAUCCCUGGUCGGACUUGAAAGACCCCCACGUGAUGAUGAAUUUCUAUCGGAGGAUCUUCCCCUGGAAGCAGCUCUUCCUCUGGUUAAACCAAGACCAUGUUCCGAACUACCUCUUCACCCAUCGUGAAUUUGCGAUCACGCUCCAGAACGAUGCCUAUCUACGCUACAACUCCUACCCGAACUACAUUGAUCUACAGAAGGACAUCAUCCGACUCAAUCCGACACGGUUCGAGAUCGGCCCGGCCUACAGCGCCCCACCAAAGGACCGGAAGACGCUCCCGAAAGCCUCCUUCAAGCCGAUCCUCCGCGAACUCGUCUUCGAUAUCGACCUGACUGACUACGACGACAUCCGACGGUGUUGCUCUGAUAAGAAAAUCUGUAUCAAAUGCUGGAAGUUCAUAUCGCUCGCCGUUCAAGUCCUAGAUCUUACGCUGCGCCAGGACUUCGGUUACAAAUAUCUGCUCUGGGUCUACUCUGGAAGGAGAGGCGCUCAUUGUUGGGUGUCAGAUGAAGAAGCGAUGAGAUUGACGGACGAUCAGAGGAAGGCGAUCGUUAACUAUAUCAAUAUCAUGAAGGGAGGUGGCUCGAAAUUCGGUUUGAAGGUCGACCUGAAGAGCCCCUUACAUCCAAUGGUCGAGAGAAGCUUAGAAAACCUGACCACAUCAUUCUUGGACGUAGUUUUAAAAGAACAAGAAGUUUUCAAAGAAGAAGAGAAAUGGAAGUUUUUAUUACGAAUCUGGUCGGACGCAGACUUAACUAAGCAGUUCGAAAAAGAGUGGGCAUCUAAUCCCGAGAUAACCUCGGAGAAGAAAUGGAAGGAUGUCUUGAAGUACUACCAGCCGGACAAAAAUCCAAAUAAAAAGAGGCUCGCAGCAGCUACGGAUGUGAUCAACAACGUCGUGCUUCAUUACACCUAUCCACGGAUCGAUUUGGAGGUCUCCAAGCACCUCAACCAUCUCCUGAAGAGUCCCUUCUGUGUCCAUCCUGCUACUGGCAAGGUCUGUGUGCCCCUCGAUCCCAAAAGCAUCGCGUCCUUCGACCCCGAUAAAGUGCCCGACGUCCGCGACCUUCUCCGCGAGCUGGACAAGCACCCCUCAACUACCCUUCCUGCGCCUCCUGACCCUUCCGCCUCUGCAGAAAAUCCGGUCGCUUUGAACUGGUUCCAUACCUCGCUUCGUCCCUACGUCGAGCUGUUUCAGGAACACGUUAACGGCCUGCUCAAGGAUCGAUUACAGACCAAAAAAGAUAUCCAAACCGAUUCCCUAGAUUUCUGA